GGAUUUUUAAUAUUUUCUCCCGCCUUACACGAAACAACACCGCCGUUUUAUAUAGCUGCCUCCUCUUCUCAGCGCUCCUGCGUGCUGCCGCCUGGCCUCUCUUCCUCUCUCGUUCUCGACCUCUUCCCUGCUCGGCUCAGGGGUGUAUCGACGUGGAAGAGGAAGUACGCAACGCUGCAUAAUGGGGUCCAAGGCUGCAAUUUUUGCCACGGCUGUAUUGGCCGUCCUCUUCGCCGCCCCGGCAUUGGCUCAGACGAGCAGCCCCCCCGCGCCGGCGCCCAUGUCACUCGCGCCGACCCCAGCGCCGGCGCCGGCGCCGCACUACGUGGACCUCGCCGAGCUCCUUAGCGUGGCCGGCCCGUUCCACACGUUCCUCAACUACCUGGAGAAGACCAACGUGAUCGAGACCUUCCAGAGCCAGGCCAACAACACCAAGGUGGGCAUCACCAUCUUCGUCCCCAAGGACUCGGCGUUCGCGGCGCUCAAGAAGUCCACCUUCUCCAACCUCACCUCCGACCAGCUCAAGACGCUGCUCCUGUACCACGCGUUCCCCAUGUUCUACUCCCUGGCCGAGUUCAAGAACCUGAGCUCGCUCAACCCGGUGAACACCUUCGCGGGGUCGCCGUACACGCUCAACCUCACCGACGACAUGGGCAGCAUCUACGUGCAGUCCAUGUGGUCCAGGCCCAAGAUCGCCAGCAGCGUGUACGCCACCAAACCCGUCGCGAUCUACGCGCUCAACAAGGUGCUCCUGCCCAUGCAGCUCUUCAGCAAGGAGCCGCCGCUCGCGCCGGCGCCGGCGCCCGCGCCGGAGUCCGGAGCAUCCGAUGCACCCAGUCCGGCGGCCGGCAAAGCAGGCGGACUGACCGGCGGCAAGGGUGACUCGACGAGCGCCGCGCACAACGUCGGCGCCGUCAGCUUUACCAAUUCCUUGCUGCUUGCCGCUGCAGGGUGCUUGAUGCUCCUGUGGUGAGACUUGAGGGUUCCUGCCAUUUCGGAGCAGAGUGUCCGUGCUUCGCCACACUUGAUUUCGUUUUGAAUUGGUUGAUGGAGCCAUUCUUUUGGACAUAUGGUAGGCAUGCCGUUAGGAUCGAGUUGAAGUAUUAUUUUACGCCGAAUUACUCUCAUAAUUUCUAUCAUUUUUUACGGAUGAAUGAUUGAAUGAAUACGAAAAAAAAGUUGUCACUGCC